CCUGGCUAUCCUGUCCCUCUAAGCUCCGCAGCCCCGGGCGGUCCAUUGUCAUCUCAAGCUCAAGCGCAUUCAGCAGCAACUCUCUUAUUUUCGCUUUGGAAGCUCCUUUCGGAGAACAUGCCUCCUUCUAGACCUCUCCUCUCUUUUAAUUCUCCACCUCACAACGAUGCCGACAGCUUUGAAGCAGAGCCCACCACUCCCACAAAAACAUGGAUUCACUACCUUCCACUCAUUCUUCUCAUAAUCUUUAUGCUAGCACCACACCCCUCCCUACUAAUCAUCCUCGUUAAUCACUACCUCCGCUACCUCGAGGCCCCUAUCACAUUCACAAUCCACCUUGUCCUGCUCUACACCCUCGCCGGCCUCUCCUUCACCUCCCUCAUCGUCUGCGUCGUCCGUGACCCCGGCCCCGUCGUCUCCCCCAAGUACUCCGCCGCCGCACAGGACGAAAGCGGUGUUAGCGGAGGCGACGAGCUCGGACUGACCGAGGCGCUGAUGGGCAUGGGUAUGGGCGAGGACGACGAGAUUGUGCCGGGGAAGUGGUGUCGGAAGUGUUGGGCGCCGAAGCCGGACCGGGCGCAUCACUGCAGUAUAUGUGAUCGGUGCGUGCUCAAGAUGGACCAUCAUUGCCCUUGGUUAGGGUCGAAAUGUGUCGGCCACCGAAUAUACCCAGCCUUUGUGCACUUUCUUGCUUGUAUAACUCUUUUUGCAGGGUACGUAACUGUCGUAUGCUGCAAAGCAUUGUAUUUCGCAUUCUACAGCCCAAUGCUCGUCAACGACGCUGUAGCUGUACACGAGCUCUUCCUCGGGUUCGCCGGCAUAGUCGUCACGAUCGUCGUGGGCUCCUUCCUCGUCUAUCACAUGUACCUCAUAACAACAAACCAGACUACCCUUGAAAACCUCGCACCCUACGUCCUCCUGCGCCAUCUCCCCCCUCUCCCGGCAUCGUUGCGGCUCUCCGACCCACCACAAGAGCACGAACUAUCCUAUAACCAGCGACGCGCGGUGCAAAACGCGUACAAGUCCGUCAAGAUGUACGACGUCGGAUGGAAACAGAACUGGGCGCAGGUGUUCGGGUGGAGCGACGCGCGGGGAUGCGUCAUGCGCAUAUGCUGCGGGGGUGCUUCGAAGGGAGAUGGUCGGACGUUCAUGCGCAAUCCGGGGGCUGUCGGGAUGCUUUCGCAGCUUGCGUCGGAUCUUGCGACUGUGGAUAAGACAGCUUGAUGUACGCCUUUGUCGAGACUAUUGCCUUGUAUCUCGACUAUUGAGUAUCAUAUACGGAAUGCAUGUUACCCUUAAGCCUGAGUGUGUGAGGGGAAGUAGUGCGACGGUACUGCAAGCGCUGGAUCAAG